AUGGAACUUCUCAAUGCGUACGCCUCGCAGUCAGAAUCCGAGUCUGAGUCUGGCGAUGCGUUGCGGCGGUCUCCCGACGAGAAUUCGCUGAAGAGACGGUUCACUGUGAGCAAGGGCGAGACCCAACGGUGGAAGCGGAAAAGGAAGGCGGCGGGACCCUGGGAGUCCUGGUCGAGCAGCGAGAGCGAUGGUGAUGCGGCUGUGAUACCAGAUAUUGUUGACCAAGAUGAUGUUGAUGGUGACGCUAGCAACAGUGAUGGUGGCACCACGGUUGACGGGGACAUUGCAGAUGCACAAUCGCGGUACUAUGGCCCUCCAGGAUGCCAGAGCAGUCUACUAUCUGUACCUUCCGAUGUUGCUGUUGAUUUGGAGAAGCCGCCGCUAUCCUUCAAGUGUUACCUCCCGAAGACGGUCAAGGCGACCUUCUCUGGGCAUCGCAACGGCACGAACACUUUACAGUUCAUCCCGAAUACUGGCCACCUGUUCAUGUCCGGUGGAAACGAUGCUGUAGUGCGGCUGUGGGACUUCUACCACGAUAGGCGAUGCGUGCGGGACUACCGGUCGCACUCCAAGGGAAUCCGAGCGACGCGCUUUGUCCCCGACGGGUCGCAGUUCCUGAGCGCCUCGUUUGACCAGACGGUGAACCGGUGGGACACAGAGACGGGUACCGUAUUGCAGUCGCUGUCCCUGAGGUCGACUCCAACAGCUGUUGACUUCCGCCCGCAACACGGCACGGACGAGUACCUUGUCGGGCUCUCUGACUCUCGGAUCCUACACUACGACACGCGUGUGGACACCCGUGACGGGCUCGUGCAGACGUACGACCAUCAUUUGGGAGGGAUCCUUGCUCUGAGGUAUUUCCCGGAUGGUACUAAGUUCAUCUCUUCGUCCGAGGACAAGACUGUACGGAUCUGGGACAGUGGGGUGAACAUUCCCGUGAAGCAGAUCAGCGACACGACGCAGCACUCGAUGCCCAGUGUGUCCCUGCACCCUGCUGGUGGAUACUUUGUGACGCAGAGCAUGGACAACGUGCUGUACACGUACUCUCUGCGGCCCAAAUACCGGCGGCACCAGACGAAGCUGUUCCGGGGCCAGCGCGGUGCAGGGUACGGCAUUGGUGUUGGCUUCUCCCCCGACGGGAAGUACGUGUGUUCGGGGGACUCGAAGAGUAAAGUGCUCGUGUGGGACUGGACUACGACAAAACUUCUGCGUGAGUUGCGAGUACCCGGUAGGAGACCCAUUACACAGGUGGAGUGGCACCCGCAGGAGACGAGCAAAGUGAUCUGCAGCGGUGCCGCGGGCAAGAUCUACAUGUUUGACUGA